AUAUAGAUGAGUGUUCCUCUAACCAGCACCUUUGUACACAGAGAUGUAUUAACACACAAGGAAGCUACAGGUGCUCUUGUACUGACGGCUUCCAACUCAGAUCAGACAACACAACUUGUGAAGAUGUAGAUGAGUGUAGCCUUGAGACAUCAGACUGUCAUCAACAAUGUCUUAACACUAUAGGAGGAUACUACUGCUUCUGUUAUGAGGGAUUCCAUCUGACUGGUUCUAGUCAAUGUAUUAAAGAUGUCUCUACCUCCCCCUGUGUUGCCACGGGUGAUUCCUGUCAGUAUGGAUGUAGAGUGGAAGGAGGACUAGCUUUCUGUUUCUGUCCAAAUGGAUACACACUGAACACAGACAGGACAACUUGUUCAUAUGUAAACUCAACAGUAAAUGUACAGUUGAAGACAAAUAUCAAUUUCCAGUCUGAGUACAGUAAUCCUUCUUCACUGCUGUACAAGAACUUAAAGGAGGACAUGGAAAGUGAGACUCAGACCUUUUUUGUCAACAUGCAGAAUGUGAAGUCUGUCAAGAUUUUAGGAAUAAGGGAGAGCAGCACUGUAUUUGACCUACAAGUGAAGUUGAACACAAAUCUCACCAUGGGGUUGGAGGCUGAGUUGAGUACAGCUCUACAGAACAUGUACCAAACAGGAGUACAGCUACAGGGAACUAAAUAUAGCGUACUACAAAACCCUGUUAUAUCUGUACCUUAUAUGAGUACUACUAAUGCAGUGUACCUGAAAAUAGCAAUAGCUAAGAGUUAUGAAGCAUAUAUGGUGGAUACAACAGAUAUACAGUAUGCUGUGUUUGAAAAUUCCAUCAUCACAACUCUGAAUGGAAUACUGAAUUUCACAGUGGUAGACAGAAUCCAAUUGUCAACAAUAUCAGCUUUGUCCACUGGAACAAAAUUACAUGUGACAGUCUUCCUGAAAACUUUAUCUGACCCAGAUUUUGUGACCCUGAUUGCCAGUAGGACCAAUGAGAGAGUAGACACUGUAGGGUGUAUAACUCUUGGUGGUAACUGUGUACCUUUGUUAAGGAAUACAGACAUCUUUGAUGGAACACAAGAAGUUCCAGUGGUAUGCAAGACCUGUUCAGAAAAUGCUACAUGUAUCACUAAUUCCCCAGGCUGGUGGAAUUGCUUCAUAAGUACUACUGUAAUUCCGUCUGCUUCAACUAUUCCUACAACAACAAUCGAAACAUCAACUGUUUCAGCAGUUCCUACUACACCCAGAACAAUCACAGAGGACAAGCAGAUCCUUGUGGGGGUGGGGGUAGCAGUCCCCCUGGGGGCCCUUUUCCUUACCCUCAUUAUUGUUCUUGGUAUAUAUUUCUGCAGGAAGUACACACAAAAUACAAAGGAUCAUGUUCAGAUGGUCUUGGUUUAA